UGGGUUUAUUUGAUUUGAGUGGGCUUUAUCAGACUAAACAAGCAGACAUUUGCUCAGAAUUUGCUCAGCACAUUGUUUUCAACAGUUUGAAUGAUUGUAAAGAAUUUACAUGGCGUGGAAAACUGUACUAAACGUCGUAACGCCGUGGUUUCAUUAAAGAGCCGCUAUCCGGGUGCUCACUGGGAGCUAAGCAACCCUAAAGGUUAAAUCCUGGAAUACGUCCACUUCCUUUGUCCUAAAACAAAGCCGAUGAUCCUUCGCAAACUUUUUAGAGGACCGUCUUCCUCACGCUGAGCAUUUUUGCGCAUCCUCUGUCCCUCCUCCUCCUCCUUGAAGAACACGCCCCAGCAUCCUUCAGCACACAGCAGCAGCAGCGGUGGCAACAAUGAUGUUCAGCUGCGCCGCGGUGUCGCUCCUAUAUGACUCCUAGGGGGAGGUCCGGUCCAAACAACUUAUUUCUGACUUCUGUGGACCUUCAGAGGAAGCAGAGAUAACAGAGGGAGGAAAGACGCUUUUUCUCCCUGCGUGUCUGACUUCAGCGCACCUUGCUGAACGAGCGCACAUCCGAACUGAGUUUUUAUUUCCACAUCUGUCCCUUGACACAUACCGAGCCCUGCGGGGAACCGAGCCGAGCUAGUCGCGGGGCGGCUGCGGUCCGGGUAGUCGGUCUGAACGAGAGGAACAGCCGCCUGGUCCUGGGAAGGAUGCCGAACAGAUACUGGAUCCACAUCUGUGCUUAAACGAGCAUCCAGGUACAAACAACACCUGUGGCAGUCAUGAGGAACAAAGGGCUGAAGACGCAGUCCUGAAGAUUGAUGGAGGGCCAUGCUAUUCAAACAGCAGGCAUUGCUGAGACAGAAGCUCUUCGUUCUGGGCAGCCUGGUGAUCGGAAGUGUCCUCUAUCUUGUGGCCAGGGUUGGGACUUUGGAUAGGUUACAACCUAUUUGCCCCAUUGAGAGUAGAUUUCACCCCCCUGAGCCAGAGCAAAUCCCUCUUCGUACGCUGCAGUUUAAGCGUGGGCUGCUCCAUGAAUCACGCAAGGGCAAUGCCACCAAAGAGCAAAUCCGCCUGCACAACCUGUUCCAGCAGCUGCCUCGGGCCAUCAUCAUUGGAGUUCGCAAGGGGGGAACUCGUGCCCUACUGGAAAUGCUCAACCUGCAUCCAGCCGUUGUCAAGGCUUCGCAGGAGAUUCACUUCUUUGACAAUGACAAAAACUAUGCUCGGGGCAUUGACUGGUACAGGGGUAAAAUGCCCUUCUCCCUCCCUCACCAGAUCACCAUUGAGAAGAGCCCUGCCUACUUCAUCACAGAGGAGGUUCCUGAGCGCAUCUUUAAGAUGAACUCCUCCAUUAAGCUGCUAAUUAUCGUCCGAGAGCCCACUACCAGAGCAGUGUCUGACUACACCCAAGUGCUUGAGGGCAAGGAGCGCAAGAACAAGACUUAUCACAAGUUUGAAAAUCUAGCCAUUGAUGCCAACACGUGUGAAGUGAACACCAAAUAUAAAGCUGUGCGAACAAGCAUCUACACAAAACACCUGGAGCGCUGGCUGAAGUAUUUUCCUGUGGAGCAGUUCCACAUAGUGGAUGGAGAUCGCCUCAUCACGGACCCGCUGCCUGAGCUGCAGCUUGUCGAGCGCUUCCUGAACCUCCCCUCCAGGAUUAGCCAGUACAACCUGUACUUUAAUGCCACCAGGGGAUUUUACUGUCUGCGAUUUAACAUUGUCUUCAACAAGUGCCUGGCAGGCAGUAAGGGCCGCAUUCAUCCUGACGUGGAUCUGUCAGUAAUGACUAAACUGCAGAGGUUUUUCCAUCCUUUUAAUCAGAAGUUUUACCAGAUCACUGGAAGAACAUUUAACUGGCCGUGAGAAUUUUUGUUUUAAUAAAAAAGAUCUCAUAAGGAAUGAACAGCACUUUGUUUGGUUUAUUACAAGUAUGACAUAAUAUCUGAUGUAAGUUUGGUCUAUAUGUGUAAAAUGGACCACAAUAGUUGAUGUUGACUUAGAGAUUUAGUGAACAGCACCAAUUUUUGAAGUCAGUUUAACUGUCUGUCAAUGUUUUUCCUGUGAAAAAAGAACAUUUUCAUGCAGUGUGUUUAGAGUGACUUGCUAAAUAUUUAUACCUCUUGAACUUUUCUACAUUUCAUUGUGUCAUAAGCAGUGAAAUGAAAGUAAAAUAAUGCUUAAUAAAUAAAAAAUCUUAAAAUGUUGGAGUGCAUUUGUAACUAGAAGCCUUUAAUUUGGUAUCCCAAAAUAAUUUCCAGUUCCACUAAUUACCAUACAAACCUUCUAGAGAUUGGUUAGAAAACAGUGAACAAACAGCAACCUGAAGACCAGGGAACCCAGCAGAAAGCGUAGGGAGAAAGUUGUGGAGAUGUUUAAAGCAGGGUUUGGUUAUAAAACAAUAUCCCAAGCUUUGAACAUCUAACAGAGCUCUGUUCAAUCCAUCAUCUGAACAUGGAGAGAGAAUGGUAAAUAUACAAACCUUCCAAAUCAGAAAAGUCCACCUGGACUAACAGGCUGGGCAAGUAAAGUAUUAAUCAGAGAAGCAGACAAAAUGCCUAUGGCAACUCUGGAGGAACUGUAAAGAUACACAUCUCAGGUGGAAGAAUCUCUUAACAGUACAUGCAUUAGUUGUACACUCCACAAAUCUGGUCUGUAUAGAAGAGUUGUGUGAUGGAAAUUCUUGCAGUAAGUGUUUCAAAGUGUAUGACCUUUUUUAUCUUACUCCUCAGAACAUCUGUGUUAGAGGAAGAAGCUGUA